AAACCAAAACAAAUCAGUAGUGCCGAUAUCCAGACUACGACAAGCAACUGAACUGAACUGAACAUAUUAUCUAAUCAGCUGUUGCUGUUUUCCGUACAAGGUAGGUGCGGUGUCACGGCGUGAAAGCUGCACCGCACUACCCGCAGGACCCACAGGCGAUAAGAAGUAAGAACAAGGGCGACUUACAGUUAUGUUGAACAAAAGAUAUUACUGGCCACAGUAAGGAGUUAAAUGAACUGCAGGUUGAGUAAGGUAAUUUCCUGGUGUAGGUGACAUCAGGUAAACCAUCACCACCAUGCUUCCCAGACUGAGGCACUACGUUACUGCUGCAGUGACAUACAGAAGAAUUGGGUCAUUGCUAGCUUCUGCGCCCAAAACUGGCUUGUACGCCGAGCAACAGCGGCAACGCGGCUUGGUCAGGGUGGAGGGAGACGAGGCAGCAGAUUUUCUUCAGGGGCUUGUGACCAAUGACAUCAGGCACCUGAAAGGCAACACGUCUGCCAUUUACUGCCUCCUCCUCAACAGACAGGGGCGUAUCCUGUACGACUCCAUUGUCUACCAACCAAGCCACAACACCUUCCUGCUGGAGUGUGAUGCUGCACGAGCCAGCCAGCUGGAGAGACACCUCAGAAUGCACAAAGUGCGGCGGCGCCUAGAGGUGGAGGAUGUCACGGCUGACCUCAGUGUGUGGUGUGUCUUUGACCCUGCUCCUGACAAAAUGCAGCAGACACAGCUUAGUGCAGAAGCCCUCUACAUGAACCCCAAAGUGCAGAAUGAGGUGACACUGGAUCUGGCUGGAGACUUCAGAGAUGUAACAAUAGUGGAGGACCCCAGAGUGCAACAACUGGGCCAUCGUCUGGUGGUGCCAGCAGCCACACAGUCCCUGAGGGAGUUGCUGCUGGGUGUCAAGGAGAACACAACAAAUCACACGUUCAGGAGCCUGCGUUAUAGACUUGGAGUGGGAGAGGGACCAGAGGAGCUUCCCUCGGCUAAAUCCUUACCACUGGAGGCAAACUGUGACUACCUCCAUGGAGUCAGCUUUCACAAAGGGUGCUAUGUGGGCCAGGAACUGACUGCCAGAACCUAUCACACCGGAGUUAUCCGAAAGCGCCUCCUGCCUCUCGUCUUUAGUGAGAAUGCUUCAGAGGUGUCACCAGAUGCCAGUGUUGUGGAUGAGAGAGGACGGGCGGUGGGAAAAGUACGGGCCUGCCUGGGUUGCCAUGGGUUGGGACUGCUCAGAGUGGAAGAGUGUCUUGGUGCUGAGAAAUUAACAGUGGAAGGUCAUGUAGUACAGACCUUCCGGCCAUAUUGGUGGCCUCUUCAAGCACCCAAGAGCAAAGCAAGUCUAUGAUGGACAAACUUUAUUGUAAUAUGGCAGUCAUGCAUUAUGGAAAGUGAGAAGUAGACAAUUUGUAAAAUCAAAAUAAAGAUCAUGUUUA